AAAUGAGGAAAGGCCUGCUUGUGCUUGGUUGAGUUGAGUGAGACUCUUUGUGUAGGGUCGUAUUAGAAAGAGACUGCUGCUUACUUAACCUCCUCUUCCCUUCCUUUCCUUAUCUUCUUCUUCCUUUUUCAGAAUUCAUGGGGAAUUGCCAAGCCAUCGAUGCGGCGGCCUUGGUCAUUCAGCAUCCCUCCGGGAGGCUUGAGAGGUUAUAUUGGCCCAUUCCCGUCAGUGAAGUUAUGAAAAUGAAUCCCGGUCAUUACGUUUCUCUCAUCAUUCCCUUGCCUGUUUCCCAAGAGGAGGAAGCCAACCAUCAUCAAGAUCGAGAUACAGUGCGUUUCACCCGUGUUAAGCUCCUCCGCCCCACCGAUACUCUUACCCUCGGCCACGCUUAUCGCCUUAUCACUUCUCAAGAGGUCAUGAAGUUCAUGAGAGCCAAGAAAUAUGCAAAAACCAAAAGGGAAUCCAUGAAAAAAUUGCAGCACCAUGGACAAGACAACCUAACUUCAGGAGGAAAGUCUGACGCACACAUCACCAACCAAGUAUGGCUCUCACUUAUCUUUCAAAUAUGUUCUUCCCAACUAAGCAAUCUGUGAAUAUGGGUCCUCAAACACCAGUUACUCGCCAUGGGGAACUAUAAGCAAAGAACUAAAGAAUGAAAGACAAAUCUCACGGACAUCAUCUGUGAACGCUGCUUCAAUGAGGUCAAAAUCAUGGCGGCCAUCAUUACAGAGCAUCUCUGAGGCUGUAGGCUAAUAGUUUUGUUUUCAAGUUUCUUUUCGUAAGUGCAGAUUGGUUUUAGGAAUGGCAAUGAACUGCCUCUUUUGUUCAAUGAAACCCCAAAUUAGGGAAAAUGGAAAUUCACCAAUCGAAUGAAGGUGAUAACCUAAGAUUUCAACUUGCAAUCAAAGCUCCCAAAUUGAAAUCUGUUUCAAGAAAAAUAAACAUAUGUAAAGCUUCUCAGUUCAGAGGAACAUUGGAUCCUAAAUUGUAUUACAAGUAAUAUUCUUAUAUGAAAUUAGGACUUUCAGUCUUUCACUCA